AUGGAUUCGUCUGAUGGAAGUUCAUCUUGUGCACAACAACAACAGAGGAUCGAGAUUCUGAACAAAAACGAGAAUAAGCUCGUGGGUCUGCUUCAUGAAACUGGGUCAAGAGAAGUCGUGGUCUUGUGCCAUAGAUUUCGAUCGAACAAGAACGCAACAAUCAUGAAGAGUCUAGCCACUGCAAUAGAGACAGAAGGGAUCAACGCUUUCCGUUUUGAUUUCUCAGGGAAUGGAGACAGUGAAGGCAGUUUCAGUUUCUGCUUUGGUAACUAUAACCAAGAAGCCGAGGAUCUACGUUCUGUUAUUGAAUACUUCUCUAGCAAGAACCGUGUGGUUCCUGUUAUUCUCGGACACAGUAAAGGAGGCGAUGUUGUCCUCCUCUAUGCCUCCAAGUAUCACGAUAUCAGCAAUGUAAUCAAUAUCUCUGGACGUUAUGACCUGGAAAAAGGCAUAGAGGAGAGUCUUGGGGGAGAUUUUUGGGAAAGAAUCAAGGAACAUGGAUUCAUCGAUGUUGAAAGAGGGAAAAUUCGGAACCGUGUCACCGAGGAAAGUUUAAUGGAGAGGUUUAAAACGGAUAUGCAUCAAGCUUGCCUCAAGAUUGACAAAGAAUGCAGAGUCUUGACGGUUCAUGGAUCUGAUGAUAAGGUAGUACCAGUGGAAGAUGCCAAGGAGUUCGCAAAGAUCAUACCUAACCACAAGUUGGAAAUUGUGGAAGGAGCUGAUCAUAGUUAUACCAAACAUCAACUUCAAUUGGUUUCAACUGUUGUGGAGUUUAUAAAGACAAUGCUUGUGAAGAAGAACUAG